CCCAAACAAGAGGAAUUCCACCAGCGAGCCAACCUCACUCUCCCGCURCACAGCUCUAACUGGUGCUGUCGACACCGAGUACAGGUCCAGCCCUUCUUCAACAGCUGCCUUAAUGACUGCCUUAGACACACCGUGACCAUUCCCUGCCCAGACCUUCCAGAGCCUUCAGAGUAUAUACCYCUGUGGGUGCUUGGCUUCAUCUUCCUGGUGGGCUUCAUCAUGCUGGUGGGCUCCGUCUUCCUGAAGACCAAAUGCACAACUUGGAGGCAACAUGAUGUCCCUGCUGAUGAACUGACCCUCCCAACCCCUCAUCCCCGGGAAAGUCUGGCGCAUCCGAGGAGCCCACCAUCCACGCUCCGUGACCGUGGUCCUAGAGGUCACCGUCUCUACUAGCUCCCCUAGCCCACUGGACCCUCCUGGCUCACCCAACUCACCACCUGGCCCACCACUUCAAAUAUUCAGCUUAAUUUUGCUGGACAUACUAUUUUUGGUUCACAUCCAUUUUCUUCCAGAGCUUGGUAUGUAUUACUUCAGGACCUCCUAGCUUUUAGGAUCAAUGUCCCUGACCUUGGAUGAAAAAUAAGCCAAGAUCCAGAUUGGUUUACCUCUAAAUGGUACAUUGGUUUACCUCUAAAUUGGUUUACCUCUAAAUUUAUAUCUAA